AUGGAAGCUUCAAUCAGCAGAUCAUUGAUAAAAUUCACCAAUCGCAACUCCAUAAAUACAAUCCUUCAUUCUAACUGCCAUCCAUUGAAACUCUCCCCGCACCCGUCACCACCCGUCUUCUCACCCUUCACCACACUCGCUACUCUCUCACUCUCAGACCCUAAUUCUCACGCUCGCAAUCAUUUCCCCAAUUGGAAACCCUCUCAUUUCACCCCAUCUUCGUUCCCAUCAAAUGUCAAUACUCCAAUCUCCGCCGAUCGUUUUGCUCGCAUUUUAUCGGGCCACAACGACAAGUCUUUUGAAUGGAAGUUCGCUGAUCGGGUAAAUGGCGGAGAAUUAGGGUUUCUUCCCGAGGAUAAGCGGGCGGAUGUGACGGUGGUGGUGUUAGGCUGGCUAGGAUCGAGGCAAAAGCACUUGAGGAGGAAAUUGGAGUCAAGAGUUACAGUAUUGACUGACGAGCUUGUGUCAUGGUUGGAGGAGAAGGAGAACGAUGGAAGGGACCGGUUCUUGAUCUUUCAUACCUUCAGUAACACUGGUUGGCUUGCCUAUGGUUCUAUUCUGAACAAAUUGCAAGGUAGACAAGAGCUACUGGAUAAGAUCAAAGGGUGUGUUGUUGAUUCUGGAGGAGACCCAGAGCUUGAUCCUAAGGUAUGGGCAGCUGGAUUCACUACAGCUUUGCUUAAAAAACAAAGCUCUGCAGUUAAUUCUUCCUCUGAAACAAUGGAAGUAAAAAAUGUCAAUUCAGAUGAUAAAGAACUUGAAUUCAUUGAGGUCUUCCUUCUGACAUUAUUUGAGAAGUUCUUUGCUUAUCUCCUUCAAUUACCAGAUAUAAAGAAGAGAUUGACAGAAGUAACAUCAACUCUAUCAGAAAACCAGCCUUCUCAUCCACAGCUGUAUCUAUACAGCACAGCUGAUAAGGUGAUUCCAUUUCAUAAAAUAGAAUCAUUUGCUGAACACCAAAAGAAAUUAGGAAAAAAGGUCACGACUUUUAACUUCAAAUCGACCCCACAUGUGGAUCAUUAUAGAACUUUCACGGAUACGUAUCGGUCUUUGGUUCAAAUUUUCUUAAAAGACUGUUUUGCCCUUGAAGGUAAGCAAUUGUGUAAUGUAGUGAAGUGAGAUUGAAAGGUAGAGAAUUAAUAGAAUGGUUUCUUGGUUUCUUACUUUUACUUGAG